GUUGUUACGGGGCAGAACAAAGUGAGUGGCAAGCCGGACGAUGCCAUGUCGAGCUCAGAUGCAGAGGAUGAUUUCCAAGAGCCUGCCACACCUACUGCGACCCAGGCAGGGCAGUCGCUCCCGCUGCUACCUCAGCAGGAUUUAUUAAAUACCAGUAGGAAGCACCCUAGUACCACUGCAGCUCCCAUAGGAGAAGAGAGCGUCCAUCAGACGCUGCCGGGCCUGCCACAGACUGCAGUGCAACUACGUUGGUUUUCAUCUUGAAGCCAGUGGAGCAGCAUUUGCUUGAAAAUGGGUUUGAUUUUGCCCCGAGGAUUGCUGAUUCUGUGGCUUUCCAAAGAACCGUAACUGAGCAUUAAUGCUUUAAUUUUACUUUUGCUAUGAAAGCUGUCCUAAUGAAUGAGAGCGUGAAAGGCAACCUGAAAAGGAGCAUAAAUAUGUCCAAUAACUUUAAAAACAGAGAGGGUGGGAGGGGGGAUGUUCUGCAUAUUAGUGACUUAAAAUUCACCAUUGUGUGGUAUAAUGGGGGGAAGAGGGCUUAGGUACUUACUAGACCAUUGUGGAAGGCCAUUUAGAAAAUAGAAAGUAGCGAUCAAGUAUAAAAUGACAUUAUUUCUUCUCUUGUUGUUGUUGCCGUCUCUGCUUCCGCGCAUCAUGUUUGUGAUUUCAGUAUCCUCCAUGAUCCUCUCUUCCCCUCUCUUCCGCAGUCAGAUUUUUGCUAAAUUUUGUCACUUCUUUCUCAGUGAAGUCUUUAAAAGCUCUCCUGUCCCCUGUGUCUUGGCUGCUAUAAUCUCUGUUGUCUUGCCAAAAAGUAAAGGUGAGAAGAAUCCCUGUUUCCUCUUCGUGACUAGCUUUCUUUGCAAUCCUUUGAAAGUCUGCUGCUAAAAAAGUCACCUUUCUGGCUUGCUGUAUUAAUUCCCCUUCCUAAAUAAAUCCCGUCAUUGUCCUCUCGUUCUUUUGCUGCACAACUUCAAAAUCCUAAUUGUAGCCUUUUAAACUCGCCGCAAUUUGUCCUUGUUCAUGCCACAUUUUGGUUGAGAUGGUCACCUUCCUGAAGAUUUGACUCUCUCCAUGUUCUUCCGUUCUUCAUAAGCUUUCAAGACGGGUCAUCCUGUGUUUAUGAUUGUUAUCCCGUGUACUGUAGAGAGUUUGAUCUGCUAAAUGGGGAGGGAGGAGGAAGGGUCUUGGCAUAUACACAUUUGCGUAGCACCACCGAAUAAUUUUCAAAUGGUGAUAUGAUUGCUUUUUCAGUUCCCUGAAGUUAUUCCGCUUAAUGUAGGAGGCAUGUAUUUCACUACCAGGCUGUCAACAUUAAGACGGUAUGAGGACACCAUGUUGGCUGCUAUGUUUAGCGGAAGGCACUAUAUUCCAACAGAUGCUGAAGGCAGAUACUUUAUUGACAGAGAUGGAACUUACUUUGGAGACAUACUGAACUUUCUGCGAUCUGGUGACCUUCCGUCAAGAGAACGAGUGAGGUCAGUUUACAAGGAAGCACAAUAUUAUUCUAUUGGACCAUUGCUAGACAAUCUAGAGGAUGUCCAACCUCUUAAAGGAGAGAAAGUUAGACAAGCUUUCCUGGGCUUAAUGCCAUAUUACAAAGAACACUUGGAGCGGAUAAUUGAAAUUGCUAAACUUCGAGCCAUGCAGAGAAAAGCAAGAUUUGCAAAGUUGAAGGUCUGUGUUUUCAAGGAAGAAAUGCCCAUCACUCCAUACGAAUGUCCACUUUUCAACUCUCUACGUUUUGAAAGAAAUGAUAGCGAGUCAAAACUAUUUGAACAUCACUGUGAAGUGGAUGUAUCUUUUGGCCCCUGGGAAGCUGUAGCUGAUGUUUAUGACCUUCUUCACUGUAUUGUGACAGACCUUUCAGAAAGGGGAAUUACUGUGGAUCAUCAGUGCAUUGGGGUGUGUGAUAAACAUCUGAUAAACCAUUAUUACUGCAAGCGUCCUAUCUAUGAAUUCAAGAUUACUUGGUGCUAUAACUUAGCUGCUAAGUUAUAUAAGGCAUAAGGAGAUCAAGUGACUAGCCUGAGAAUACAAGAUGAGGUAAUGAUGCUGACAACUCUUCCCACCCCUCCAACUUGCUCUUUGAUCUUUAAACUCCAGAGGUUCCUUGGAUGCUGUCUGGGCAGGAGGUGUGUCACCCUGUAAGACUGCAUGCAGGAAUUUCACGUGUGGGGCAAAAAGGAGGAGUACCCAGUCUGCACAUAAAAUAUCCCUGGAAGUUACAGGCCGAUAGCUGUCACUUCCUAUAGACACUGACAUUCUCAUUAGUUGCUAAGAUGUCCCUGAGGCAAACAAUGCUUUCUUCUUAUUUCUUUUACUCAUUUCCUCCUCCUUUCACUUGUUUUCCUGUAGAGCAUUAUUUAAGAAAAAAAAAUCCAUUUAUAGUUGUUGUUUUAAGUAAUGCCAUGUAUUCAGCCCAUGGUGCCUGUCUGUGCUUUUAGUUUCUGAGGAUAUCAUUGAUGAGUCAAGGAGUCUGAGGACAACAUCAUAUCGGUAUGCCUCUCUAGUCGCAUCUUCAGAUCACACUAAGCAUGGUGGUCAAUCAGGAAUUCUUGGCCCCAUCCAGCAAUAGCGAAAGUGCCAUUGGUGAAAUUGUCAUGCCAAAGCCGAUGGUUUGCAGCCGACAGAGACUUUAAUUUCUUAUGCUCUGGUUUUGUGAGAGGCAAAGAAAUGUUAAUUUCCACCAUACUUUCUUGUGAAGUCUGUCAAUUGGUCUGGUCUCAGUGGCAAAAGGCUUGGCUACUUCAGGUUUCUCCCCUUGCUUGCUACUGACUGUUCUUUCUGUUGCAAGGCCACGUAGGUUCGCCAGGUGGUAAAAUUGGAGUGGGCUAUUGAAUUAAAUCCACUGAUGUAGGGCAAUAUCUGAGGAGGUAAAUAGUAGCGCCUCCUCCCAGCCUGUGAUUCAGCCAUAGUUAAUGGCAGAGUUAAGGAUGUGUUGGAAGAACUCCAGGCUACAUCCCGUGCUUUGCAUCCCUGCCCUUUGCACGUGGCAAAAUGCAUGUGUGGGAUCGUGAAGCUGAUCAGGGAGGAAUCAGGGCAGGGAUUCAGAGCACAGUCUCUGUGACAGACCUUUCUUUCCCCUCUUUGUUUUAGUAACUCUUGAGAACAAUCUUUGGACACUUCUGUCUUAAGACAUAGUUGGCAGUACUGAACCUUGCAAUUAUGCUGACUUGUAUAGUUAUUUGUGGCUUUAAACCAUUUUGUAAUGUUUCCCUCUACUUCAGAGUGGAUAUGAGGGAGUCUUGUGUUUUUCAGUAUGUAAACUAUUUAAAAUUCAAACAAAUGUGCAAGUUUGUUUCUCUUUCUCUGAAUAAGCUACGUCUGAGCUGAGAACUAUGAAUCGCAAUUUAUUUAUGUAUAUAGGUCUCCAACUGGAUGCAAAUUUCCAGAACAAUGGUCCCCAGUCAUUUUACUUGCACAGAUUUAGUAUGAGUUUAUGACUAGUUUCACUGUGACUUUAUAAGUGGUUUUUAUUUUGCCAAGUUAUAAAUUGUUUAGGUCUCCAUCCAUUGUUACCCUUCAUGUCUUGUGGGGAGAGGGGAACACACAAUCCUUGGCCCUAGUGACUGGGUAUUGGAAUGAUUCCAAAUUUGUCCAAAUUUGUAUUAUUUUGUAUUGUUUUAUGAUGAAACAAGUUGACGAUCAAUGUUAUUUUAACACAAUGGAUUCUGUAGCAUCCUGUGUCUUACUACACAUUGCUUUUAAAUUCCAGGUAAACUGGGUAAUGUAUGUAUUUUUAUUUGAAACAUGUGAAAGGUAACAUUUUAUGUAUUAAAGUCUCAGUGCUGUGAAAUAAAUUAUUAAA